AUGACAACAACCCAGGCACACUCCGCUCAUUAUCUCGCCACCCCUCUAUCACCUGCUUGCCUGGACCUCUCUCCCCGUGGACAACAACACCGCCAAAGCUCUCCUCCUCACCCCAAAAGAAAUCACCGCUUCUCCCCCGGAAACCCCCCCGGCGGCGGCGGAAACGCAGGGAACCCCCCACCGGCACCAGGAGGCGGCGGAAACGGCAGACCACCCGCACCCGGCGGCGGGAACCCCACAGGCGGAAACGGCGGCGGCGCACCACCGGCCCCAGGCAUUGGAAACGGCGGUGGCGCCCCCGACCCGGCCGGCGCACCGGGACCACCAGGCGGCGGCGGGAAAGGCGGCGGGAACGGAAAUGCCGGCGCUCCACCAGAACCACCACCAGCACCCGCGCCACCACCUGGAGCUCCACCCGCCCCAAACGGCGGCGGCGGCAUCCCCGGCGGCAGGCCAGGCAUGCCCGGGAUGGGAAAGGGCGGCGGCGGCAUCCCGGCCGGGAAGGGUGGCAUCAUGCCCGGGAUGGGCGGCAUCCCCGGCAGCGGCGGCGGCAUGCCCAUGCCUCCUGGUCCGCCUCCUGGUCCUCCCGGUCCGCCUCCCGGUCCGCCUCCUCCCAUACCCAUGGGCCCUGCGCCGGGCCCGAGCCCGAAGCCUCCACCGCCGGGCUGGUUAUGCGGCAGCAUGGGGUUGGCGUGGGCUUGGCCUUCGGCGGCGUAG